UACACUCCAACUAUGACGGGAGAGGCGUCCACUAGCGGGCGCCCGCGCGACUCAACUGGCACGAACGUGCAGUGGGUUCUCGUGCUGGGCGACUUUGGCCGUAGCCCGCGUAUGCAGUAUCACACGCUGUCGCUCUCUCAGCAAUCAGGUACUUCAGUCCAUGUUAUCGCUUAUGGAGGCUCGGCGCCGAUCGCGGAGCUACGAGCUGCCCAGAAUGUGAAAAUGCAUAUUGUGCCAGAGCCACCCUCGCUGUUCAAGCGCCUUCCUCGUUUAAUGCUUCUCAUAUGCAAAGUACUGCACCAGCUGCUGUGGCUGCUCUGGAUGAUGCUGGUGACGCUUCCAAAGCCAGGCCACAUCCUGUUGCAGAACCCGCCCGCGAUUCCCACGAUGGCUGUCUGCUGGCUGGCUGCUCGGCGUCACCGUGCAAAGCUCAUUAUUGACUGGCACAACUACGGCUACACCAUCCUGGCGUUGACCCAGGGCGCGCGCCACCCGCUGGUGCGCCUGGCGCGCAGCUACGAGCACUUCUGGGGCAAGCGCGGGGACGGCCACUUCUGCGUCACGCAGGCCAUGCAGCAGGACCUGCAGACCAAGUGGGGCGUGAACGCCACCGUCCUAUACGACCGGCCGCCGGCGUUCUUCAAGCGCACGCCGCUGCCGGCCGCGCACACGUUGUUCCGCAAGUUGGGCACGGCGCUGGAGCAACCCGCCUUUGACGACUUCCUCACCCACCGCAGCGCCGCCGCCGCGGCGGGCCGCACGCAGGAAGCGGCCGAGGUGACGGUGGUCACCACCAAGCGCCCCGGCCAGGCCGUGUGCGCGCGGCCGGACCGGCCGGCCGUGGUGGUCAGCAGCACCAGCUGGACCCCGGACGAGGACUUCGGCAUCCUACUGGAGGCCGCGGCCGCAUACGACCAGCUGGUCGAGGCCGCCGCUGAGGCUGCCGCCGAGGCGGCCGCGGCGGCGGGCACAGCGUCAGCGGGCACGGCUGCGCCGGCGCCCGUGCCUGCGCUGCCGGACCUGCUGCUGCUCAUCACAGGCAAGGGGCCGCAGAAGGAGAUGUACAUGGCGCGUGUGGCGGGCAUGGCGCUGCGGCACGUGGCCAUCCGCUCGCUGUGGCUGGAGGCGGCCGACUACCCGCUGCUGCUGGGGGCGGCGGAUGUGGGCGUGUGCCUGCACGCCUCCUCCUCGGGUCUGGACCUGCCCAUGAAGGUGGUGGAUAUGUUCGGCGCCGGGCUGCCCGUGUGCGCGCUGUCGUACAGCUGCAUCCGCGAGCUGGUAGUGCCGGGCGUGACGGGGCUGCUGUUCAGCACGGGGCAGGAGCUGGCGGCGCAGCUCGCGGGGCUGCUGGGCGGCUUCCCGGCCGAGCCCAGUGAGCAGCUCAAGGCGCUGGCGGCCAAUGUGGCCAGUCGGGAGCAGGGGCUGCGCUGGGACGAGAACUGGCGGGAAGUGGCGGCGCCGGUGAUGGGGUACGGGGCGGGGGAGACGGAGCAGCAGCAUUGAUGGAGUAGGUGGUAAGAGGCGUUGGUGUUUGGGUUAUGGUAGAGAGGCUGGGGUUGACAGGCGUUACGGUAGACCGAUGAUGCUGGAGAGGGCUGAUCAAAGGCAUGCAGGCGGGCCGUGGUUCACCGACGGAGGAGUUAGUGUCCUGAGGCUCCUCGUUAGUGUCCUGAGGCUCCUCUUGUGCGACGUGUGGUAACGAUUGGUCCGCCAUUGAAUGAAUUUUGAGUCACGUGUAGCGCGUCACCAGGUGAAACUAUCGCCGCUCCGAUACAGUGGAGUGUGUUAUGUUCGGGCUUUCACAGGAAGGGACGACAAAGUGCAAGCCUGCAAUGACCGUGCCGUGGCUGCACACAGUGCGCUUGUGAAUGGCUGUGCGUCAUUGAAGAAGCACCCGUCAUACAAACAUCAG